AUGGUAAAAUCCGGGAUGCCGUACCAUGCUCUGGAUCACACUAUUGUUGGCGCCAAGCGCCUCGGCGACGUGGUUUCGUAUGCAGAGUGGUCGGCGGAAAAAAUGAUGGCCGAAUACGCUAUUGGUGCGACACUAACUGCUGUUUUUCACCCUGUAGGAUUUUCAAGAUUUCUCAUACAGCUUGGCCAUGAACCCCUUCACCCAGAACCAGGGAGGUCUUUCGUGGGAUUUGGAAAAGAAAACACGUACUAUCCAAAUAUUCUUAGAUACAUGAGCCACAUAAAGAAAAAAGAAGGAUUCGUAGGGUUGUACAGAGGUCUCGUACCAAGGAUAUUGGGAGGCUUUGUCGGCAACUUCACCACUACAGCAACAAACAAUUAUCUCAAAGGUCUUGGUGCCAACACAGAGGACACUGCUGCUGGUCACAAUGCUGAUGAGUUGGUGGGGUGGUUAAAGACAUUCUUUGUACAGACGUCAAAAGAAACAUUGGGGCGCUGUGCUGGGAUUAUAGUCAGUCAACCAUUUCAUGUGGUAAUGUUGAGAUGCCAAGCACAGUUUAUUGGUGGAGAAACAUCAUACAACUCAUUGUGGUCUUCACUGGUAGAGAUCUACAACAAUGAUGGAAUCCUGGGAUUUUUUGGGGGACUCAUACCAAGAUUAGUAGGGGAGAUAAUCACUAUUUUCCUGACAAACUUUUUCGCCAACAUGAUCAACAAACACUUCCUUGAAGAUAAGGAGAUGAGGACCUACACAUCCAGUGCUUGUGGACUUGUAAUUGGGACAUUCACAUAUAGAUUCUCCUUAGUCGGCAACUUAAUGGCCAUCAAUAACUCUGGACUCGUGGCAGCCAAGUAUCCAUACAUGUUGGCCUACAGCAACUGGUAUGAGUGUUGGGGACAUCUCAGCAAAGAGCGCCAGCUUGGAAGAGGAUCUCGUCUCUUCAAUCGCAUUGUUACAGCCAGGCGUUACGUACAACUAGACUAAGUGUUGUUACUCAGUGCUGAUAUUCGUACAUUGUUUCCACUUGGCCAAUCAACAAACAACAUAUACAUUAACUGAAGAGUCCGCAAAAUCUGACCAAUAUAUCACUCCUAUAUUCUCAAGGGCAGUGAGUUACUAUCAUUACAGGCGGAGCUCAAGUGCUUACUAAUGACUUAUAUUUUAUGUAUUUCAUAUAAUAGAUGUUAUUUAUACCAAAUCAGGUUAUGAUCAGUAAUACAGUGUGUAUGGAACAUAAGUUACUGCCAACAAGAGCAGGUUGUCAUUAAAGUUUUAUAAGAACACAC